GGGAAGCACGCUUAAACACGUAGUAAGAAAAGCGUUAUUGGAUAUUGUCUGUGUAGGUUUUUGAACCCGUGCAACGAUUUUUAGAGCAGUUAUUUAUCGCUCUAAUUACAGCUGUUCCUCAGAAGCUAUCACCGUGCUUGUUCCUCGGAAAUCGCAGGUUUGGCUUCCUCAAAAACGGCAAUAGGUGACCUUAAGUCGAGAAUUAGUCUCGUUUUUGUGUUUAACACGUUGUGUGAAUUGUACGCCACGGUAAAUUAGUCUAUAUCUUUUUUUUGUUCUUCCACUCGUACAUAUCCUAGAAAAAGUGUAGACAGGAAUUUAAUUAAGUUUAUCAAGGAAUUUUCUUUAUCCGCCAUCCCAACAUAUUCUAGUGUAGAUACAUCAAUAACCAGUGUAAUGAAAUUGAGAAAUAAAUUAUGUCAAUGAUCAUAAAAAUGUUCAAAAGUAUCUCAGAAGAGAGAAUCGGUAAUUAUACAAAGGACGUUUUAUUGUAACAUUAUAAUUACAUGUACAUUCACUUCUUACAGUCAUCCAUUCCAUAACUGUCCAGAGAAGUUGGCAGCUGAGAGACUUUCUUUUGCAAGGUUGUGUCAGACGUUCGCGGUACGCAUUUAAAGUCCGUCUACUUUAAGCUCUCGUGAUGGUUUCUUCAAAACGGGUAAAACUGCUUUAAUUUUUCAUACUGUCAAGAUCCUAAAUGUUUGCCUUACACGAGGCUAUGAAUCUGCAAUAUUGUGGCGUGUUGAACGGAAUGUAGAGACGAUAUGUCGCCUGACUCAAGGUCGCCCACUCGUGAGCUCGAACUUCACCUUGGUUCUGCGCGCAUGCGUGAACGCCCACAUACCCCGUUUAAAUUUGCAUAAAGAGAGGAGAAGGGGAGGGAUAGAUCACAUGUUGGGUGCUGUUAGCACACAACAGCAAAGUGUGUCAUACCAAAGGUGGUGAGUAGAAUUGCUUGUGCUUUUAACAUAACUGUUGUUGAAAAUGUAUGAGUUAAUUAGUAUGAGUUAAUUUCUUUCUGGAAACGCUAAUUUCUCACAUAUAAAUAGAACUUUGCGCUAAGUUUCUGAGGACAGACUGCUUCAGAGUUGUGGCAGAUGACGUAGACAUACCAUCUCGUCAAUAGACAGAAGAGCAGACCAGCGUCAGGUUGCUGGUAUCUUUCAAACAUGGAAAACAGCGAGGAUUGGGUUAGAUGGGCACAGAGUUUUGAAAUCUCGCAGGAGACUCUUCGUUUCCUCAGAGAGGAAGGAUUCACCUCCAUCAACUUACUUCGUCGUCUGACGCCAGAGGAGAUUGAAAAGUCUCUACAGUUGCCCAGACGUCUGCCACUCGCCCAGUGUCUUGCACUGAAAGAAGCUGUUACAAAGCUGGUAGAGGAUAUUGUUCCGAUGAAAUUAAUCCAGAAAGUUUCUGAGAAAUCUCAUGAAACUAUUACCCAUCCUCUUGCACAGAAUACACAGAUGACGUGUACCAUGCAAGAGUAUUGCGCCAGAAAUCAAACAGGAGGUGUCAGGCGUCUACAAGAAAAGGUGUCAACAAACCAAUUCACGACCCAGGGUACACAAAUAGAACAGACAGAGCAAACUCCUGCUAUAUCAGCACUAAACAAUGAGGAGGCCACAUCAGAGAGGGAAUUCAACUGGUGCCCUCGAGAAACGCAUCCCAGUGAAGCAAAUGCCACCCAAUGUCAGCAAACACUACAGAAAGAUGACCAAGACACAUCGCUGACAGCGGAAGGUGUCGGGUCAGAACCGACUGCCAAAGGCGAGACGUUUCGCUUCCUACUGGUGGGAAAAACUGGAUCAGGUAAAAGUACAACAGGUAACACAAUUCUCGGUGGCGACUAUUUUACCAGCGACCUCAGGUUUGAUUCUGUCACAGGAGCAUGUCAACUGAAGCGAAGCUCUCGUAAUGGAGUGACUACUGAGAUCAUGGACUCUCCUGGCCUGUUUGACACCCGUAGCAAGCACGAAGAGAUCUCUACGGCCAUUGUCCAGGCUGUUGCCUGCAUGCAUCCGGGUCCUCACGCAUUUCUGUACACCAUCAAGGUCGGUCGCUUCACUAAAGAGGAUGAAGAUGCAUACAACCGAUUGAUAGCAUUGUUUGACCGGAAGUUGGAGAACUACACCAUAGUUAUCUUCACUGGAGGUGAUGAACUUGAGCGUUCAGGAAUGUCCAUGAAGCAAAUGUUUAUGAAGUCACCCGAAUAUUUGACAACGCUCAUCAAAGCCUGCAAGAACAGGUAUGUCAUAUUUAAUAACAUGACCGCCGACAAGCAGCCUCAGGUAGACCUCCUACUGCAGAAAGUUCGAGAAAUGAUUGCUGCAAAUGGCGGUGUACUUUACACAUGUCCGAGGUACAUCAAGAUUGGAGAAGGAAUGGAACAGGAAGUGACCCGAAGAUUGGAAGAAGUUGAAAAACAACAUCUCAAGAGGAGGGAUUUUAUCCAGGAACUUGAAGUCAAGGCAAAACAAGCUAAAGAUGCCCUGGCAAGAGAGAGGGAAGAACUGCAAAGGAAGGAGCAAGCCCUACAGCAAGCGCUGACGGAAAACGAUGAGAGAAGGAAGAAGGAGCUUAAGAACAUGAAUCAGCGUCUGGAAAAGAAGCAGAUAACUGAGGACGAAAAGCAACACCAGACAACAACCUUCUUGAAGAAAAAUGAGGAAGAACGACAGCAACAGACCAGAAAAAUGGAAGAAAUCAGAAAACAGAAGCAAACAGUUCUCCAAAAGCGCGAGAAAGAAAUCCAAGAAGCAGCCGCAAAGAUGAAAGAGGAACAGAGGAAACUGCAGGAAGAAAGAAGGCAAUUCUACGAAAAAGAGAUGUGGACACUGAGGGGCGCUAUUGCUGACAAGAAGGAAACAACUCUCUUGAACAAACUGAAACUGGGCGCAAAGCAAGCCAUAAAUUCCGUAAUUGAUGGAAUCGCUUCACUUAUUCCAUCCCAUCGACGUUGACAGAUGGGAUGUUUGUCUCUCUUCUCAAAGAUAGUAUUCAUUAUUCCUUACCACUUAAUAUAAAAUUUGUCACCAGCUUUAUAGAUGAGGCAUAAACUACAAAAGAACACUCUAGUGAAAGCAAUAUAACAUUAUAAUAAUGUAUCAUGAAUUUUAAGUUGCUAGUCUCAGAUAAACGUUCUAUGGCAAAUAUUGGCGAGCAAUAAGUUUAGACACAUAAAAAGAAUAUAUAUAUCAUUUAUUUCCAUCUUGCAUGCCUAUUUUCCCCAUAUUUUACUCUGUAGUAUUCGUUCACAUUUUACUCAGCGCAAGAUGUUUAUUAGUGAAAACUUAGAUUACAAUUUUCAUUGCUCUUUUUGAAAGGGUCCCCAACAUAGAUGAUGCCAUGUAAAGAAAAUGUGCUUACCAAUGUCAAUAAUUUUCUCAACACUUUGCGUAGUUUGCUUUCACCUGAAUAUGUUGUAGAAUCGCAUUGCAAUUUAUUGUGGUAUGUUGUCAACACAUUUUAGUUUAGUUGUGUGAAGCAGGUUCCCCGAGAUCCUAGUGAUGGACAUAGAAACUGUUUCUUUUCUUGUAUGUAUAUUGUUUACAGAGAUAAUAUUUUACAUACUAUUUAGCUGUAUACAUAAACGUGUAAUCGAACUAUUGUAAUACAAAAGCUGACACUGUUAAGAAAGGAAAUUGUUGAGCCUCCGCCCUUCCAAAGGUCCCUCUACAAAUGUAUAUGUAUCAAGGAAUGUUCAGUAAUUAAAUGUACAAAAUUAUG